AUGAGUCCUCGGAUUCUUCUUUUCUUUCUCUUCUCACCGCUCCAGCCCGGCAUGAAGUUCCUCUCGCUUCUUCUGCUGGUGGGUGUCGCCCAGGCUAUUGUGCCCCCGCGUGAGCCUCGACCACCAACUGGCGGUGGAAAGAAGCUGUUGACCUACAAGGAGUGUGUCCCUAGAGCUACACUUGCGCCAAGGUCCACUUCCCUCGCCUGGAUUAACAGCGAUGAAGAUGGCCAGUACAUCUCCCAGUCCGAUGACGGUGCAUUGAUCCUCCAGAACAUCGUCACAAACACCAACAAGACACUUGUGGCUGCAGACAAGGUCCCCAAGGGCUUCUACGACUACUGGAUUAAGCCAGAUCUCACUGCUGUGCUGUGGGCUACCAACUACACCAAGCAGUACCGUCACUCCUAUUUUGCCAAUUACUUCAUCCUCGACAUCGAGAAGGGUUCCUUGACUCCCUUGGCCGAAGACCAGAGUGGUGACAUCCAAUAUGCUCAAUGGAACCCGGUCGACAAUUCCAUCGCCUACGUCCGUGGAAACGACCUGUAUGUCUGGAACAGCGGCAAGACCAAGCGCAUCACCGAGAACGGCGGCCCAGACACCUUCAAUGGCGUCCCUGACUGGGUGUACGAGGAAGAAAUCUUCGGAGAUCGAUUCGCUCUCUGGUUCUCCCCCGACGGUGAAUACCUUGCCUACCUCCGCUUCAACGAGACCGGGGUCCCGACCUACACUGUUCCCUACUAUAAGAACAAGCAAAAGAUCGCCCCUGCUUACCCAAGAGAGCUUGAAAUCCGCUACCCCAAAGUCUCCGCAAAGAACCCAACGGUGCAAUUCCAUCUGCUAAACCUCGCUUCGUCCGAGGAAACCUCUAUCCCUGUUACUGCAUUCCCCGAAGAUGACCUUAUCAUUGGUGAGGUUGCCUGGCUCAGCAGUGGCCACGAUAGCGUCGCCUUCCGUGCCUUUAACCGUGUUCAGGAUACAGAGAAGAUUGUCAACGUCAAGGUUGGGUCCAAGGAAUCCAAGGUCAUUCGUGAAAGAGACGGUACCGACGGCUGGAUUGACAACCUUCUGUCCAUGUCGUAUAUUGGUAAGGUCAAUGGCAAGGAAUACUACGUCGAUAUCUCUGACGCUUCUGGCUGGGCCCACCUGUACCUCUACCCUGUUGAUGGAGGCAAGGAGAUUGCUUUAACCAAGGGAGAAUGGGAAGUCACUGCCAUCCUCAAGGUUGAUACUAAGAGCAAGUUGAUCUACUUCACCUCCACUAAAUUCCACAGCACGACUCGCCAUGUCUACUCUGUCUCGUACGACACCAAGGUUAUGACCCCUCUCGUCAACGACAGGGAGGCUGCGUACUACUCUGCAUCCUUCUCCGCCAAGGGUGGCUACUACAUUCUCUCUUACCAGGGCCCCAACGUUCCAUACCAGGAGCUCUACUCUGUCAAGGACAAGAAGAAGCCCAUCAAGACCAUUACUAGCAAUGAUGCCCUAAUUGAAAAGCUCAAGGACUACAAGCUACCCAAGAUCACCUUUUUUGAGAUCAAACUUCCUUCUGGUGAAUCUCUCAAUGUCAUGCAACGCCUGCCACCUAACUUCAACCCAUUCAAGAAGUAUCCUGUCCUCUUCACUCCAUAUGGUGGCCCUGGUGCCCAAGAAGUCAGCCAAGCGUGGAAGGCAUUGGACUUUAAGGCUUAUAUCACCUCUGACCCAGAGCUUGAAUACGUUACUUGGACUGUCGAUAACCGCGGAACCGGUUUCAAGGGCCGUAAGUUCCGCAGCACUGUAACCAAGCGUCUCGGUUUCCUUGAGCCCCAGGACCAAGUAUUCGCCGCCAAGGAGAUCUUGAAGAACCGCUGGGCUGACAAAGACCACGUUGGGAUGUGGGGAUGGAGCUACGGUGGUUUCUUGACUGCUAAGACCAUGGAAACCGACAGCGGUGUCUUCACCUUUGGCAUGAGCACUGCUCCUGUUUCUGACUUCCGCCUUUAUGACAGCAUGUACACUGAGCGUUACAUGAAGACCGUUGAGCUGAAUGCGGAUGGCUACAGUGAGACUGCAGUUCACAAAACCGAUGGUUUCAAGAACCUCAAGGGCCAUUAUCUUAUCCAGCAUGGUACUGGUGACGACAACGUCCACUUCCAGAACUCUGCUGUCCUUUCUAACACCCUCAUGAACGGCGGUGUGACACCAGACAGGCUGACAACCCAGUGGUUUACCGAUUCAGACCACGGUGUCAGAUAUGAUAAUGACUCUACUUUCCAGUACAAGCAACUUACCAAGAUGGUCUACGACCAGAAGCAACCAAGACCCCAAACCACACCUCUUCACCAGUGGAGCAAGAGAGUUUUGGCCGCUCUGUUCGGCGAAGAGGCAGAGGAAUGA